AUGUCCAUCAAAGCUCUCAACCAGAACUUCCCCUCCUUGGAAUUUGCCCCUAACAUGGACGAAUAUGGCCCAUCUCACGCUUCCUUUGCUCCUCACGGUGAAGAUGACCACCCUUAUCCCAACCCGUGGUCUUUCCAGUCUGACAACGGUCAAGCCGGUCACAUGGGCCAUCCCUACGCGUCUAUGUUGGGCCAAUUCACCGACGAAGGUUUCUUCAAUAAAGCCAAAAAUGAAGCCAGUGAUGCCUCCGCUUCUCGUAGGCCAUACCCAUACCCAGGCCCACAAGGUUAUCAACCGCCAUACCAUUCCCCGGGCUACCCUCCGCAGCCGCACACCCAUCGCGGCCCUACGGAGGGUAAAAACCGACACUCUUCCACCUGGGAUGGCGACAAGUCCAAGCCCUCCCCUGGCAAAUCACACCCCUACUCCGGACUAGCCGAUGGCCACAAACCCCACCCCUAUCCGGGUCAUAUCCCAUGGAGACAGCCCUAUCCCUCCCCAUGGGAAGACGACAGCAAGUCCAAGCCCUCAUUUCCUCUUCAACCGUACUACCAGUUUCCUGGUGGGUCGCAUAGUGCGGGUCCAUUCCACCAACAACCUUACAAAUACCCGGGUAACCCUCACAUCGGGCCCUCCUUCCCUCAGCAGCCAUAUCUGUUCCCCAACGGCCAACAAGGUGGAUAUGGUAACAGAGGAUGGGGUGGGCAUGGCUUCUUUGACCAGGCAUCAUUUGGCGGCUACGGACGAGGGGGCUUCGAAGCUCCUCACGCGUCUCACAGCCCCUGGGGAUUCAGACAAAAUAUACCACAACAGCCACCCUACCCAUUCCCGUCCACUGGAUCCGAAAAAUACAGGCCCGAGGUUGAUGUAUUCGACACCCCUGAGGCAUUUGUGAUUCACGUGCCCCUCUCCGGCGUGAAGAAGGAAGACAUCGAAGUCAACUGGGAUCCGAAGACGGUGGAACUCAGCAUCACCGGAGUGAUCAGCCGACCUGGAUCUGAAGACCUAGUCAAGAUGAUUGUGCUGAAUGAACGGAAGCUUGGGGCGUUCGAGCGUAAUGUGCGAUUGGGGCGUACAGCAAAUCCACCCAAAGUAGAUGGAGAUGCAGUUUCUGCCAGGUUGGAGGAUGGGGUUCUUGUUAUUGAGGUGCCGAAGACGGAGCCGGAUGAUGUUGACGUCAAGAAGGUUGAGGUUGGGUGA